AGCGGCAUUUCUCCGGUGGGGGGCGGAGACCCUCUUUGCCCAACUUCCCUCCCCCUCGGUGAUAGGCAAUGGGAUCAGCCAACCGACGUGACGGACUCGGAACGCGGCCUCCAAUCAGCGGCUGCGGUGGAGAAGGUUAAAUGGAAGUCACCCUUGGGAGCUGGAUGCCUGUGUAGUAGAUCUACCACAUCAGGAGAUUGCGAUGAGUGGGGGAGGAGAGCAGCCAGAUAUCCUCAGUGUUGGUAUCUUGGUCAAAGAAAGAUGGAAAGUGUUGAGAAAAAUAGGGGGUGGGGGCUUUGGAGAAAUUUACGACGCCUUGGACUUGCUCACCAGGGAAAAUGUUGCAUUGAAAGUAGAAUCAGCUCAACAACCAAAACAAGUUCUGAAAAUGGAAGUCGCUGUGUUGAAGAAACUGCAAGGCAAAGACCAUGUUUGCAGAUUCAUUGGCUGUGGGAGGAAUGAUCGGUUCAAUUAUGUGGUCAUGCAAUUGCAGGGUCGGAAUCUGGCUGAUCUUCGUCGUAGCCAGUCCCGGGGAACAUUCACCAUUAGCACUACCCUGCGGCUGGGUAAACAGAUUCUGGAGUCCAUCGAGAGCAUUCAUUCCGUGGGCUUCUUACAUCGAGACAUCAAGCCGUCAAACUUUGCCAUGGGCCGUUUUCCUAGUACUUGUAGAAAGUGUUAUAUGCUGGAUUUUGGCUUGGCUCGACAAUUUACCAAUUCCUGUGGUGAUGUCCGACCACCUCGAGCUGUGGCAGGAUUUCGAGGAACAGUCCGGUAUGCAUCAAUCAAUGCUCAUCGAAACAGAGAAAUGGGAAGACAUGAUGAUCUUUGGUCUUUGUUCUACAUGUUGGUAGAGUUCGUAGUUGGACAACUGCCUUGGAGAAAAAUAAAGGACAAGGAGCAAGUGGGUUCUAUUAAAGAGAGAUAUGACCACAGACUUAUGUUGAAACAUCUCCCUACAGAAUUCAGCGUCUUUCUGGACCACAUCUCCUCUUUAGAUUAUUUUACUAAACCUGAUUACCAGCUUCUUACAAACGUGUUUGACAACAGCAUCAAGACUUUUGGAGUAAUUGAGAGUGACCCUUUUGACUGGGAGAAGAGUGGAACUGAUGGCUCCCUAACAACAACCACAACUUCCACAACCCCUCAGUUACACACUCGCCUAACACCUGCUGCAAUCGGAAUUGCAAAUGCCACCCCUAUUCCCGGAGACUUGCUUCGAGAAAAUACAGAUGAGGUAUUUCCAGAUGAACAACUCAGUGAUGGGGAGAAUGGUAUCCCUGUUGGUGUAUCACCAGAUAAACUUCCUGGAUCUGUGGGACACCCUCGUCCUCAGGAGAAGGAUGUCUGGGAGGAAAUGGAUGUCAACAGGAACAAGAUAAAGCUGGGGAUCUGUAAGGCUGCUACAGAAGAGGAGAAUAGUCAUGGUCCAGCAAAUGGUAUACUGAAUGCACCAAGCCUUGGUUCACCAAUUCGUGUUCGUUCAGAGAUAACCCAGCCAGAGAGAGAUGUACCAUUAGUACGAAAGCUAAGGUCCAUCCACAGUUUUGAGUUGGAAAGACGUCUGACCUUGGAGUCAAAGCCAGACACUGACAAGUUUCUAGAAACCUGCUUAGAGAAAAUGCAAAAAGACUCCAAUGUGGAAAAGGAAUCAGUUCUCCCUGCUUCUCUUCUUCAUAAGCCUUCUGCUCCUCCUGUGAUCCGUACUGACCACAUCUGGCACUAUGAUGAAGAAUACCUCCCAGAUGCUUCUAAACCUGCUUCUGCCAACUCCCCAGAACAGGCAGACGGUGGCGGCAGCAAUGGAUUUAUUGCUGUCAACUUAAGCUCCUGCCAGCAAGAGGUUGAUUCCAAGGACUGGGUGAUUGUGGAUAAGGAAAGAGACCUUCAUGAUUUCAGGACGAAUGGGGCUUUAGGGCAUAAAACUGGAAGCCCUUCAGAUGAGGAACCUGAGGUGCUGCAAAUCCUGGAGGAAUCUCCUCAAGAACAGCAGAGAUUGGGUCCUUGGGUAGAAGAUGGUCAUCCAAAGAAUGGAGUUCCUGGUGUGGUCUUGGCACUGUCUGUGGCAUGUCCUGCCACUGAAGCAUCAGAGCAAUAUGCAGAUAGACUAGAACUUCAGGCUGGAGCUGCUGGCCAGUUUCUUGCUGCCACACCCACAAGCCCAAUGGAGGCUCAAGCAGAAGGACCUCUCACACCAAAUCUUCAUUCAGAUACUUGUUUUGGAAUUGAUUCCUUUGGCUACCAGUAUGUUGACAAAAUGGAGAUAAGGACCCAGCACAGUGACUCAUACAUAGUCACAAUUCCCAGACCCUCUGUGGCAUCCACACAGUCCACUUCAGGAAGCUUUCAUUAUGGCCAACCCUUGGAGAAGAAGGAUCCUCAGCCUCUGGAACACACUGUUGAACUUUAUUCUCCAAGGGAAAAUGUGUCUGGAGUGGUAGGGACAGAGGGUGAACUUCCUAGUGGUGCCAGCAGAACAGACUGGGUGCUUCCCUUGGAUCAUCUAGGUCAGGAUACUGCUCCAAGGGAAGGCCUCACUAGGGAAUGUGUCAAAUCCCAAGACUUGGUUCAAAAAGAGCCACCUGACCGUAGCAAUGUCAAAGUGGCUACAAAAGAAUUUGAGACUCUCCCUGUGGGAGCUGAAGAAAAGAGCAUUGUGUUGGGUUCAGACAAUGAGGAGGAGAAAUUAGGCAAGGGGCAGUGUUUCAUUGAGAUUUCUGAUUUUCCAGGAGAUUUAGAAAGGGAGCAUUCACCUACUAAAGAACCUCUUGAAGAAUUCAAGACACGGACUUUCUGCUUGGUGCCAAAUCAGGACACAAAUCAUGAGAUAAUGAAGCUUCUGGCAGGUGCAACUUCAGAACUUUCUCCAGCACAAGUCAUCCACCCCCAUGGUGAGGGACAGAUAAGUCAGGUGGUGGUACAAAAAAAUAAAUUACAGAAAGAGGAAGAUGUCAGUAAGGGAGAAGGCGUGCCCAGUCACCAACGGGAUCUCUCUGUUUUUUUGCAUCAAGAGGGUAAGAAAGAGAAAAUUUCCCCUCGAAAUGGAGAGUUGUUCCAUUGCCUUUCAGAGAAAGAACAUUCUCCAUCCAGGAAGGACGUCAUUAGAUCAUCCUUUAUAACUAGACACAGUCGCAUCCCUGUCCUAGCACAAGAGAUAGACUCAACUUUUGAGUCCUCUUCUCCAGUUUCAGCAAAAGAAAAACUCCUUCAAAAGAAGGCUUAUCAGCCAGAUCUAGUCAAGCUGCUGGUUGAAAAAAGACAACUCAAGUCUUUCCUUGGAGACCUCUCAAGUGCCUCUGACAAAUCAUUGGAGGAGAAGUUAGCUGCUGUUCCUGUUCCCUUUCCUGAGGACGAAGUCUUCACUCCCUUUUCAAGACUGGCAAUAGACCCUCAUUUGGGCAGGUCGGCUGAGGACAGCUUUCUGGCCCCUCUCAGCUCCCAGGCUAGAAAGAGCAAAAUUCCACGGCCAGUUACCUGGACUAACACAGAUCAAGUCAGUAACUCAGCCUCAGCUCAGUUCUUUCCACGGCCACCACCAGGAAAGCCUCCAACUAGGCCUGGAGUUGAAGCCAGGUUACGUAGGUAUAAAGUCCUAGGGAGCAGCAACUCCGACUCAGACCUUUUCUCCCGGCUGGCUCAAAUUCUUCAAAAUGGAUCUCAGAAGUCUCGGAGCUCUACUCAGUGCAAGAGUCCUGCCUCCCCUCACAGUCCAAAAACACCACCCAAGAGCCCAGUUGUCCCUCGGAGAAGUCCCAGCGCCUCCCCACGAAGUUCUUCUUUGCCUCGCACGUCAAGUUCCUCACCAUCCAGGGCUGGACGGCCCCACCAUGACCAGAGGAGUUCAUCCCCACAUCUGGGGAGAAGUAAAUCACCUCCUAGCCACUCAGGAUCUUCAUCUUCAAGGAGGUCCUGUCAGCAGGAGCAUUGCUGUCUUAAACCCAGCAAGAACGGCAUGAAAGGAUCUGGCAGCCUCUACCACCAUUCUGCCAGUCCCAAAACUCCCCCAGGGAAGAGUAAGUCAGCCAGUAAACUCAGCAGAUAGGAGCCAAGCUGUGUCCCUAUGACAGGUGUGAAAUCCUCCUAAACCUGAUGCAUGUUGUGUCCGUGUAUUGUAUAUUUUAAAAAAAUCAGUGUUGACCUUCAAUUGCAAAGAAAGUAACAUAUGAUAAAUUAUUUAUGAAAAGAAUGUGUGACAAAGAAUUACCCAAAGGCAGGCAGCAAACAGAUCAGAAAUCAGAGAGUAUAUUUGCGUGGGAAGGGGCAUUUGGGUAAAAUUCCCCGAGCUUAAUAAUCAAAUUUCUUAGCCAUUUUUUAAAAAGAGAGAGUUGCAAGGGAGGCUGAAUGAAAUUUAAGGGUUUGGGCCGACUUUUAACUUAAUGGUUACUUAAAAUCUGAAAACUCUAAUAUUUUCAUCCAAGAUUUAGAGAGUUAGUAUUGCUCAGAUAAUUUUAUUUAUUUAAGAAAAUAUGCUAUCUGGAAGCUUGAAUAUCCAUAUGAUGUGUGGGGUCUUUGAGUAACUUUUGCUCCAAGUCCAAGUAACCUCUUUGAAAUCCAGAUUUCUUGAGCUUAUCUUGACCACAUAAUUCAUUCUGCCUUCUCUCACCAGGCUCAUAUUUUAAAAUACACAUUUUAAAAUGUACUAAAAAGUUCUUAGCAGCAUUUGCUGGGACUUUCCGUAGCUGUUUCAAAUCCAGAGAACUUCUUAGUUCCCUCAUAUUGUCCUUUGAGGCAAAAGCAGUACAGUUCAGUACUACUAUAUUGUUGGCAGAUAACUAAAGGCCUUUAUUUCUGGAAUACUAGGAGAGAUGGGGGACACUCACAGAUUGAUUUGGAGGCCUGAACCGUUACACUAGGAGCAACUUGGAAGGGUUAUAGGAGGUAUGAGAACUCAAGCUGGGGGCACUCCUUUACUUGUAAGCUUACCUCAACUCCAAUCCUCCUUCCCUAGCUCCUCGGAGCUCCAGUUAUUUUCAUUGUCAGCCUCCGAGAUGUCUCCAGAAAGAGUAAAUGGAAAAGGCACGCUGGGAAGUUGCUCCAUUUCUACAUCUAGGGGUUACCUUCCCCCCCGCCCCCCAGAAAAUGGAAUUAGGUAUGUUGUUGAAGGAAGUAAUCCUCAAGCCUUAUAUUUUGUAAGUUACAAAAACUAGAAUUGAAUAUCUGGGGAAAUAAAGCUGGAAGAGUGGGCUUAAAUAGUUAUCUUUGGUGUUUUUUAAUCCAACUUUUGCUCCAAGCAGGUCAUACCUCUGUGCCUCAGAUUAACAAUGCUGAGCUUUUCAUCCCAAUUUCUGUAUGGUCCUAAUUUAAAACUAUGGAAGACCUUAGCAAGAGCCCUCCCAUUGUAUACUUCUCCCUCUAAAAGGAAGGGACCAGCCAAAAUGAAAUGACCUCAGACUUGGAUUGGCCGUCUUCCUGUUCCCUGUCCCUGGCACGCUGGGUGUUGUGGAAACCUUAUCAGGGUCAGAUAAAUGGGUCUGCUUGCUGUUGAUAUUUGCCUUCCAGCAAACAUCUGUGCUUUUUCCUUUAACCUUGUGUUUGUUGCCAAACCUCAUUCCCUUGGAUUGAAGAAGGAAUAUUUCUUUUCUGAGUAAAUAUAUUCUGAUGCUGCAUCAAUGUAGCCCUGAAGCUGCACUGAACUUUUCUCUUAGUCUGUGUUGGACUUAAAAAAAAAACACUCUCCACAUGUGUACUGUCUCCCAUGAGUAAUGUAGCAUAGUAGGGAACCUUAACUUUUGGGGGGUUUCAAGCACUGCAGAGAAAUGCAAGAGGUAGGGAAUACCUGCUGUUGUUCCUGAAGCAACUGUAAUGUUAGCAAGGCCGAUCUCUCUGUAUUAUAUUGUAAAAUAGUUGCUAUAACAACACUUGCAUGUCUUCAUGGUAAAUUAUAUUAUAUAAAUAUUUAUAAAUAUAUAUAUAUAUAUAUAGACAUUUGCGUAUAAACUCAUUCCCUCUCAUUCUCUCUUUGUAAUUUAUAGACCUCAGAUGGUGAAAUCCCCUUUCUAUUGCGUGCCUCAAAUACACUUGGGCCUUGCGUCUUCAUUUUCUGAAAAUAUUUUCUUGGCAUGUGACACCUGAGACAGCUUCUUCCUGCCUUCCCUGUUGUAAGGUUUAAGGGUUGGCAGUUCUCAAGUGAAGCCAGGUUUUAGGAGUAUAGUUUAAAUUUUCAUUUCAAGAGAGCUUUUAAAAAAAUAGGAAAAAAAAUACUUGAAAGAGCUUGUAUUACUGGUUCAAAGAUUUGUCACAUUAAUCUCAUAGUACGGUCACCAUGGUUAGAGCAGAUAAUCUGGGAUAAUGAUCAUGGUUUAAGUCCAGUGACAAAAAGAAAGCCAUGCUAGGUUAGCAUGAAUUGAUAAGAGAAUCCCUACCUGUUAUCAUUCCAUUUUGCUUUCUUCACUUACUUUCUUGGGUACUUAGUUAUUUUUUCUUGUGGGUACUUUAUAAGGCUUCUGAUAUCAGAGCUCUAUAGUUUUUAUUUUGUUAUAUUGGCUAGCCUGUACUAAAAGUAGCCUGCUUUAACUCCUGUUCUCUCGAAUUGGAACUGUGCUAGUUAUAACUGUUUUGAAGAGCUAUUGUUGCAGAUGUGGCUACUACUGUAGUGUACAUGUUAUCUCACUUUCCUGCUGGCAUCUUUGCCAAGUUUGCCCCAAACCAACAUUGAAGUCAGAGUGGCAUUUAAAUGUGUUCCCCCUCUUUGGUUCUUCCCCCAUAACCCCUGACCUUUCCACUGUGCUGCCCUGCUUUUUUUAUAAGAAGCACUGGCAAAGUUUGUUAAGCCUCAAAUACUACACAUCAGGAUUCAGAGAUAAGCAGCCAUCAUUAUGUGAGAAUGUUUUAUCUUGCAUGUUAAGGAAAAAGUUAACAAAGAUGUGUUUCUGCUCUCUCUGCUUCCUUUUAGGAAGAAAAACCCACAAAAUAGCUCUAUCUUCAUAUAUUAUUAGGUAUAUUUAAAAGUACAUGUAGAGUAUCCAGUAUAAAUGUUUUUAAAGCAUAGUUGUCCGUGCACAGAUUAUUUGUGCUUUUAGAUGUUGAGUGUCACUCAGGCUAAAAUUAAGAGUGGCAUUCUUGAGCAGAGCUGGCUCAUUACUUUUUUUUUGCAGGGGAAGGGGGUGGUCUUGGGGUUUUUUUGAAGUUGGGAUGCAUAAAGAACGAAAUUUCUUUAGUAGUGACAUGUUGCAGACUUGGGGUGACAAGCAGAACUUACCUGCUAUCACUCAUUUAAAAGCAGUUCAUUUGGUUAUCCUAAAUAGGAAUGUGUUAAGUUUGAGGGUUUAAGGGUGGCUGGUAGUCAAAGUCAAAACUAUAUUAAAAUGCAAAGACAAAAACUAAAAAUGUAAGACAAAAGGCAGAACUGCAUUAUGGGAACUCAAGUGCCUCAGUUGAAUUGAGGUUGAAAAGGCAAGCCAAUUCCUGGGUGCUCGAACAGUUACCCACUCACACCUCUUCCUAAGCGCCCUUUUCUGCUCCAGUUCUUUGUAUCACUUCAGUUGAGCAGAAGAUAUAGGCAGCAGGAACAUCUUAGACAUCUUAAGUUACUAGAUGAUCUCAUCCUGAAUUCUGCUUCCCAGCAAUUGGAGACUGGUUGAGAAAUUCAAUUCAAAUUCUAUAUGGUAAUCUCUGCACAUGCUUUGUUUGACGUAUGAAGAUAUUUCUGUGGGACCAGAUUCAAUAUGUGGUAACUAUAAAGGGGAAAAUCAGAUCAGAUCAAAUUUAACCUUAAAGUUACAACCUGGAAUUAUGAGAAUCUCUGAAUUGUAGACUUGUUCAGAGAUGUACUAUUUCUCUAAUUCACCAUUCCUAUGCAAGCUGGCUUUGCUGAUAAUGAUGUAUUUGCAUCGAAAUUUUAAGUUGCAUGGUGUGAACUGAAUUCCAUUUUUCUAUAAAUGUUGCCAAGAUAAUCAAGCCCCCAAUAACUAGCAAAAUAGUUGUAUUGGAACCCAUUGCAGUCAAUAUACACUUUAUAUUCUUUGCUCUUCUCAUUUAAAAGAAGUCUUUGCUGCUUACUAAUGCAUUAUACUACAUGUGUAAUUUUUUAAAGACUAUGUAGAAGACUCCUUGAUUAACCUUAGUAAAUGGCCACUUUGGGAACAUUUUUGCACAGCUGCUUGGGAAGGUGCUCAAAUCUUAGAGGAGCACUGAUGAGAGAUUCUUUCCAGUCUCAAAAUCUCUGUGCUAAUGUUUUUCCAAGGUUGCAUUUAUUUUAUAAGGAGAAAGCAUAGCUUUAUGCAUGUAAAAACACAGAUAGUUAAAACUUUAACACUUCUACAUGAGGUGACCAAGUUGAAACAGAAUUAGAGAUUUUUCUAUGGGGGGGGGGAUCCUAGUUUGGGAAAUAACAUUCCUUACCUAGCAUUUGGGGUUAGAUAAGGGGAAACAGUAUCCAAAAACCAGAAUUUAAUAGUGGGGGGGUGGAGAAAGGUACAUUUGACUUUUGGGGUAUUUUAAAUUAUUUAUAAAUGCUAAUGCAAAUUUAGUGGUCACAGGUAGCUAUGCUCUUCAGAUUUUUAAAAAAAUCUUUUUGGCUCCUUUGUUUUUAACAAACAGUGCACAGGUAUGAGAGAACCAUUACUUCUGUUUUGUUUCUGUUCUUUUGUAAUCUCAAGAGUAGGAAGACUCAGAGGUACCCAUUUUUGUUUACAUACAUGUCCCUUGAGUAUCUGGGCACGUCAUCUCAGGUAAGAAUGGUCACUUUAGCACCAAUACCACUAGUGCUGAGAGACAAAAAGAAAUUUAUUUUUUGGCUCCUCUUUACCUUUGGUUCUGUAGACAAGGCAGACACAGGCUUAUUAGUCUUAAUUUUUUUCCAAAAAAAGAGAAAUGUUGAAUGUUUAAGGGAUGUAGCCACCAUGGCUCUCCUCUAAGAUAUCAUGUACCUAGUUUAGGGAACCAGCAGUUGCAUGAUACACCCAAGACUUCAGUUAGGGAAGUGAUCUUCAACAUAACUCCAACCUUUAAUUUCAGAGGGAAUGAAUGGGUCAGGGCUCCUGUGUCACAGAACCCCAACUCCUCCUCUGACAGAAUGUAACCAGAGUGAGAUUAUGUCACCACUUCAGAAAAUUUUAAUAAUUCUUGCUUCCCCAAACUUCCCAUUCCCCAGUGGGAGGGAAGGGACAACAAUUUUACCUGCAAACCUUGGACCUUAAAGGAACUGUAGAUUAUGGAAAGGGAUAUUAGGUUUCUUAACCUGACAAGGGAGAACAGGAAAAGCUACACAAAAACUCAAAGUCAUUCUGAUUUCAGUGAGUGAUUAUUUCCCCUGAUUUCCCUGUCCGUGGUUUUGGAUGCUUCAUGCCUCACGUUCUCUGAGACCCAGUGUUUCCCUGCUGGGCAUGACAUAUGGCUUUAUAAAGCCAAGCUCCUCUGUGAGACAGAGGUUCUGAUUUGUUUUCCUUAUACCAAAAAAUUCUAUGUAAAGGUUUAUAAGACAAAUGUGAUCAGAUAAAGCAUUACCUUAGCAUGUAUUGCAAUCUCUGGUGACUGCCUUUCACUUUUAGACACAGAAGUGGAGAAAAAGAAAGUUCCACAGUCAAGGAGCAAGUCUUCUACAUAUAUAGUAAUUACCUGAAUCCUAUUCCCUUCUUGUUAUCCUUCCCUUGUAUCCAUUUUGAUUUCCAACAGUAAAUUUAAAGAAAAAUAAUUUGGCAUUCUUCUUAUCGUUCCCUUAUGAGGUUGUAAUAGGAUUCUGAAUGUCUUCCUAAUGCAUAGUAGAACAAUUAGGAUGGGCACAACUUGUUUUUCUUAAGCUUUUUUAGCAUAAGCUAUGUAGCCUCACUUUUCCCAAAUGCCCAAGAACAUUGGCAAGAUGCCCAUUUACCCAGAGAAUGGGGGAGGGGAUGAUCUUUGAGAAAAGAGUUUCUUGCAUUGUAGAGGCUGCUAAUUGCACAAACUGUCAAGGACAUUUGCCUUGUAUUCUUUGGGUUCCAUAUUUGGAUGCUUAAGAAAUUAUAUUGAUCACAGCCUGGUUGUGAAAGAUUCUUAAUAAAUCAGGUGAGCUUUUAGGAUAGAAUACGUUCUUCCUCAAAUGACAAUUCAUAUCACAAGAACUAGGUUGUUGUUUUUUUCCAGUUUGAUUUUAAAUGCAAUUUUUCUUUCAUGUAUAGUUUUCAUAUACUUCUAUUGGGUAAAUAGAUCUAUUUCUUCUCAGAACCUAAAAGACCAGUGCUUGAAUAUCACUCCAUUAAGGAGUUGCAAUGAAAAAAGCCCACAAGAAGUUUCAGAAAACAUUGGGAUUUCCCUACGGGAUUAAACAUUGGUUAAUAAGAUAACAGCUGGCACCAAACAGUGUAAAAUUGGACCAUUAAGGAUUUUGAUGGAAAAAGUAACAGCAGAGAAGGCAGAUUGAGUAAAAAUGAAAGGAAAUAGAUUGAAAUCCAUUCUUCAGAUGCUUCAGAGUCUAUUAGUUUCCUUAAACAUGCCAUUCAAACCCCCACUAGAUUUCAGUUUAUAUACUGGUUCUGCUUUUGGCUGCUUUUCUGAACAGCCAGUACCUAUGUCAUUGUGCCAUUUUCUUUUACCUAGAUGUCACUUUUUAAAACAAGAAAAUCGUUUUGAACCAGGAAGCAGGCUUAUAGAAGCUGUGAAUUUUUGGUGGCUGCUAAAUCAGACUCAAAACAGCAAGCUGGAAUGAAUCUGACAAAUAAAUUAGGUUAAAACUCACUUGAUGAUUCUACUUGACCUUCUGUGAAUCAGUGACAGGACCUAGGAAGAUGAGAAGCUGUUUUGUAAAAGUAUUUGGGUACUGAUGUAAAUGGCACAUCAGUAAGAAAGUCUUCUGAUUUUGUUUCUUCCCAAAGGUAUUAUAUAAAAGAGUGUCCCCUCUCCCCACUACAAACAUCUACCCCUCUUUUUUUUUCUUUCAUUUUUGCUCAGGCAACCAAGGACAUAAGGUAUCUGCAGAAACACGAGUGCUUUCAUAUCGGCCAUUUGUACAUAAAAGUGUAAUUAUUUAUUUAAUUUUCCCAUUUGUAUCAUAUUAAGGCUUUGUACAGUGUUUUAAGUUCUGUUUUCAAAUUAUUUUGUAUUUUAUUUUUAUAAACUAGUAAUAAAAUAUUCAUUCCGCAUGCAAA